CUCAAAACGUCACCCUCGGCAGCGGCUCCGCUCCGGUGAAAAAUCCUCGAGCUCCAUCGUCGUCAUUCUACGACCUGUUUGGGAAAGCUAUGAAGUGUAAUGAAAAUUGGCUGAUGCAAAAUUUGUUGGUGAUCUUUUUCGUGUCGCAACUGUUUAGCACGUCGUCCCUGCUGGAAUCGCCAGCGUCGUCGUCGUCAGCAGAGCCCUCGCAGGAAACCCUCGUCGAAGAUUUCUUCAUUUGCCGUUCCUGUGGUCACGACGUCAGUUUGUCCAACUUUGUGCUGGAAAAGUACAGCCCGUUGGCUCUGGGCUCCAGCAACCAAACACUCUCGGCGGGUCGGGAAGCUAUCGUGCAGGAGGUGCAGAAUACGCUUGGCAUCCGGUUCAAGAUCAUCGUGGUCGAGAAGGCGUACUGCGCCAAGGUUGAGUCGUGGAGUCUUCUGCACUCGUGGUUCCCUGGGUACGCUUGGAAGCUGUGCGUUUGUCCCAAGUGCCGCACCCACUUGGGUUGGAUGUUUGAGCCGCUCGAGACGGCCACCUCGGAUCGAUACUUUCCCACGGAAAAGGGCUUCUACGCGCUCAUCUCCAGCAACAUCAUCUCGGAAGGAUACGUCAACUCGCUGCUUAUGCGAGAAAAGGCCCUGCGCGACAACUAAACUAAACUAAAAUGGUCGACCCAAACCGCAAAAUCAACAUCCUGUCCGAGGAGCACCAGCUGUUCCUGAACGAGUGCGAGGAGGAGUUCAAGGACCGCUUCACCGAGGACGACGCCGAGUUCCAGGCGUACUGC